AUGAUAUCAAAAUUAUUGUCAAUACUAUUUGGAACAAUAAGCACAAUGAUUAUAGGUUUCUAUUGGUACUCUGUUAUAUUUCGAGAUCGAUAUAUAAAAGAUGCUAAAGUGAAUAUAUUGAAAAAAAAGUAAAAAAAUUAAGAAAAUAAUCAACCACUACUAUUUGAAUUAACAGGAAGAUUUUUAUAGGCAUGUUUAAUAACAAUCUUUUACAAUUUGCUAAAAGCUAAAGUAAUGUUAAAUUAAACAAUCAUAGGAUGA